UCCGUUUUGCCCUUCUUUUGUUGAUCUCUUUCAUUGUACGAUCAGGGCUUUUCAUCAUGUCGAAUGAUCAAAAGAAACCCAUGACUCAGAAGCUGUACGAGUCAGCUCCAUCAUCUCGGCAGGCGGCCAAGUUUUUAACGGCGACCACACUCAGUGCAACGUUGCUUUUCUUGUCAGGGUUAACCUUGACCGGGACUGUGGUUGCCCUGGUUAUGGCGACGCCAGUUAUGGUGUUGUUCAGUCCGAUACUGGUCCCGUCUGGCAUAGUCAUCUUCCUGCUGAUUGCUGGGUUCUUGUUCUCUGGUGGGUGUGGCGUGGCAGCAGUAACGGCGUUAUCGUGGAUAUAUAAGUACGUGCAAGGGAAGCACCACCCACUAGGAGCGGAUAAGCUUGAUUAUGUAAGGAAUAUGAUCGCAAGUAUGGCGAGGGGUGUGAGUGUGACGGGUAACGCUAAGGAGACUGGACAAUUUGUGCAGCAAAAGGCUCGAGAGAUUGCUCAAGGGCAAGGAUCUUGAACUAAAGUGUAUACCCUUAACUGUUUAGUUUAAGGCCUGGUUUAUUGUUUUCGCUUGAUCAAAUUUGCAUGC